UAUACAACUAAAGAAGUUCUAUUUACAACUAAAAAAAUUCAGCCGCGAGUACAAUUAUAACUCCAGUGUAUGUAUUACUUAUUUUCAAGUCGACUCAACCUCCCCCUCCCUCUUCUUGAUAUUGUUGCAUCAUCGUCCGUUGAUGACGCCGUUCAUGACGUCAUCUCCAAUGAAAGAAACCGUAGGCGUCUGUUAGAUGAAGAUGAGCGUAAUAAGACGCUUGACAUCGGACCUAACGGACGGACGUUAUUUACUAACGCCGGUUCGUUAUCGGAACUUAACCGGAAAGAUGCCUGUAGUUACAUGAAGUUUAGCAGGAAGAAACUGGAAGAGGUGUUACCGGAGAGGUUGCCGGUGGGGAUGGUGAAGGAGUUUGAGGAGACGAUGAGAGAUGCGUUGCUGGUUCGACACGGUUUCUUGGAUUUGUGGGAUAAUUUCAGGCGCAUUGUUGAUCCGCCUUUGCAGGCUAGUAGUAGCAAAGGUGUGUUUUCAGCUUAUAAGGGUUAA